AUAGUAUAUAUAUAUUCCCAGUAUAUUGUAGCGACCAGUGUUCACGUGCUACAAUGUAUUCCUGACGGCCGCUAACUGAAACGGUUGCCUGGAGACCGUGUUUUGUUGACGCUGGUUCUCUGCUUGACGCGUAAGAAGAGCGAACAUAGACUUGAAGAGCGAAUAUAGACUUGAAGAACGAACAUAGACUUGAAGAGCGAACAUAGACUUGAAGAGCGAACAUAGACUUGAAGAGCGAACAUAGACUUGAAGAGUGAACAUAUAGACUAGAAGAGAAACGAAGAAAAGGUUAUAUUCCUGACGGCCGCUAACUGAAACGGUUGCCUGGAGACCGUGUUUUUGUUGACGCUCCCUAAUAGAGCGAACAUAGACUUGAAGAGCGAACAUAGACUUGAAGAGCGAACAUAGACUUGAAGAGUGAACAUAUAGACGAAGAGAAACGAAGCAAAGGUUAUUACGGAAGAAAUAGAAGAUAUGGAGGAAGAUUUGACGUUACUUUGAACAAGAGAACAGCCUGUCAUCGACUGGCCCCUGCUCAAGAGCGUUCGGCCGUAGCGGUAGUGGUAGGAACAGAACGCCCCCUUUCAUUGAAUCGAGUGCACUCAAAGACUUGCUGGGUACCCAUUUUAUUUAGUUUGUUAUUUUUCUUGGGGACCUCUUUUGGGUUCAGUGUAUUGAGUUCAGUGUUUUAGGUUCAGUGUUGUUAUUAUUAUUAUUAUUGUGUAAAUAAUCUGAUUGAUUCUGAUGGUUAGAUAUGGUUAGAUCGUUAGAUAAAAGGUCAAACGUGCCUCACUGUGUCUGUGUGUUAUUCCUUUUAUCAGAGUUCUAUUAAGAAUACAAGCCAGUCUCCUCAUAACCUGGGAUUGAUGCACCACUGCAUUGUUAUAUUACCUUUAAAAAUACAGUUGGUUACAUAAAGUGGCGAGCUAGCCAGGAGACUGGUUAUAUACUCUGAUCAAAGGAAUUCAUAUUUUUCUUAUAUAUUCACCGCUACAAUAUUUUGCAUGAUAGAGAACCUAAGGUCAAAAUGGAAUAUUGUAACCGCUAUGAUGUGCAUGGACAGAGCUGCCUUUUUGUCUCUGGUAUUGACGAAACGUAUUCAGACGAUUAUAUUAUUGACAUUUUUGAGGUACAUGGGGGCAUAGUGAAAUGCAUAAGAGUCCCUGAUGAAGUAGGUCAACCUAAUGGGAGGGUUCUGGUCCAGUACAGAGAUGAAAGAUCAGUAGCUCGUAUGGAUCCAGACUUCUUAGGCAAAACGUUUAGUCCUGAUGAUUCUAAUGCGUCAUGGCACGUCACCGCCAUACAAGAAGCGAUGGCUCCGAAACCUGAGGAACAAAGUAACCUAGAUGAACUAAAGUUUGCUGCGGCGGUUGCAGGCCUAAGCAAGACCCGUCUGAUCCAGAUGCUCCAAACUCAGCUUUCCAACCUUCAGUUGGGUGGUGAUACAGCAAGUGAUGAGGACACAAAUAACAAUGUGCCUGAGACGCCUCAGAGGCCGUCAAGUCUUGAUGAGAGCCUCAUCAAUCCCCCCAGUGUCCAGAGAGUAAUUGUCGAGCAUGUAAUAAAAACUGAAUCUCAGUCCUCGUAUGUCAGCAAAAUCCGCACCUUCUCGGGAAGAACGCCAAAGCCCAAUGGAGAAGUUGAUUAUGAGACGUGGCACACUCAAGUUGAACUGUUAUUAAGUGACCCUUCCAGCCCAGAUACCCAGAAGGUCAGAAAGAUUUUAGAGAGCUUAUUGAGCCCAGCUAGUGACCUAGUCAAAAGCCUUGGCAUCGACUCCCCGCCUGCACUGUACCUCACCCAGCUUGACGCAGCUUUUGGGGUAGUAGCAGAUGGAGAAGAGCUGUAUGCAGCAUUCCUGGGCGCAAAUCAGAACGCUGGGGAGAAAUCCUCUGACUAUUUAAAUCGCCUACACCUGAUGCUUGACAAAGUUAUUACCGGGGGAGGACUGUCCAUUGAAAGUUCAAACAAGCAACUCAUCAGACAAUUCUGUAGGGGUUGCUGGGAUCAGACAUUGCUCAUUGAGCUCCAGCUUGAGCAGAAGAAGACUAACCCCCCAUCCUUCCCUGAGCUCUUGCUACUCCUCAGACAGCAGGAAGACAGAUGGUUGACAAAACUGAACAGAAUGAAGAAGCACCUCGGAAGCGCCAAAGCUAUGUCUCACAUGCACACAGUCUAUGGCCUGUCCCACCGUGAUGAAGAGUCAGAUGAAACUGAUGCUGUUUUAAACCCGAAGGCAGCCAAAAAGAGCCUAACUGAGAAUCAGAAGCUCGCUCAGGAAGUGGCUGACCUAAAGAAACAGCUUGCUUCCUACAAGCCAGCAUCGAAGCCCAACGAACCACAACAUGUAGAGAACCUCAAUGAAAAUCCUGUUAGGGGAAACUGUAUGGUCUCAAAUGUGACAAACCGCAGGAUCGGCAUGAACACUUCCAACAUGCCCCGAGCCUGGUUCUGUUUUAAAUGUGGAGAAGAUGGCCACAUUGCCGCCCUAUGUUUAAACGAGCCAAACCCUGCUGCUGUACACCAGAAGAACCUUGAGCUCAGGGAAAGACGCGACCAAUGGAGGAUGCAGCAUCAGGGCCAGCCCGAGUUCUCGUUAAACCGGUAAGGGCUUCUGCUGCGGGACGUUCAGAAGCCGUGCACCCCCCUUUAUCUAGUUCCAAUUCAACCAACCUGAAAGCAAAUGUAGUGAGGGCCGAACAAUAUGCCCAGAAUGGCUCACACCUCGACUAUAGACCCUUACCCCAUGGUCUUGUUGGGCCACGUUGCAGCACGACAGCCCUUGUUGAAGGCUACCAGUGUAAAUGUAUUUUAGACACCGGGUCGCAGGUUACUACGGUCUCAGAGACCUUUUAUUCAGACCAUCUCUCAUCCUUCCCUGUUGAACCUAUUAACGCACUGCUUGAGAUUUUGGGUGCUGGGGGCCAGCGUGUCCCUUACAUAGGUUACACCCAAGUCCUUAUAUCACUCCCAAAGAGUGUUACUGGCAUAGACGAGAAGAUUUCCUCCCUGGUUCUAAUUGUACCGGACUGUGACUUCAACCGUGAGAUUCCCUUACUGAUUGGGACCAAUGUACUUGACAGAUUGUACCAGAACGGAGUUAAACGAGAAGGGCUGAAAUUCCUACAGGGGCAUGAACUCAGUGACGAAUGUCUCAUGCUAUUCCAGUACAUUGCUCAGACUCACAGUGAAGAGGAGGAAGCAAGGCCAGUGAAGCUGCUUGGACGUUACCCAGUCGUCAUUCCAGCUGGACAAAGAGUGUGUGUACUAGGAGGUGUAAAGAUUAAGACAUCCCCAACCCUCACAUCAUAUGCAAUGGAGCCUCCUGCAAACCCUCCUCUGCCAGGUGGCAUCUUCCUAGUACCAACACUACUGGACGUUCCCUAUCAGUCCUUCAGCAAAGUCCCUGUACUUCUUCGCAAUAUGAGUUCACACGACAUCACAUUGCAUCCAAACCGUGUCAUAGCAGAGAUGAUGAUGGCUCAGUGUGUGGUGCCCGUGAAACCCCAUGACACUUCUAUAUCCUGUGGCCUUCAGACAGUGGAUACAGAAGCCCCCCCAAGUGACAAAGUAUCAUGCAGCCUGGAAGAUUCUCCCAUUCCAGCAGAGUGGAAGAAACGCAUCAAAGACAAGUUGAAUACCAUACCUGAGGUAUUUGCUGUUGAUGACUUAACCCAUGGUCGCACCUCUGCAGUCAAACACAGGAUAAGACUUCAGGAUGAAACCCCCUUCAAGGAGAGGCCCCGGCCGAUUCACCCAUGUGAUAGAGAAGCUGUUAAGCAGCAUCUUCGAGAGCUACUGGAGGCAGGAAUCAUAAGGGAAUCAGAGAGCCCGUUUGCUUCCCCUAUAGUAGUGGUGAAAAAGAAAAACGGGAAGAUCAGACUGUGCGUGGACUAUCGGAAACUGAACAUGCGUACUAUCAAGGACGCGUACGCUCUUCCCAAUAUCGAAGAAACCUUCUCGGCCCUUAGUGGAGCUAAAUGGUUUUCCGUUAUGGAUCUGAAGUCCGGUUAUUAUCAAGUUGAACUUGCCGAAGAAGACAAACACAAGACCGCAUUCACAUGCCCGCUGGGUUUUUGGGAAUUUAACCGCAUGCCACAGGGCGUUACCAAUGCACCCUCCACAUUCCAGCGGUUAAUGGAGAGAUGUGUGGGAGAUCUGCACCUGAACGAAGUCUUGGUCUUCCUAGACGAUCUGAUUGUCUUCUCAGACACCUUGGAGGAGCACGAAAACAGGUUGAUGAAGGUGCUGAACAGACUCAAGGACUACGGGCUGAAGUUGUCCCCAGACAAAUGUCACUUUUUUCAGUCUUCCGUGAAAUAUCUGGGCCACAUUGUAGAUGCUCGUGGCGUCCACACUGACCCUGAGAAGAUAUCGGCCUUAAAAGACUGGCCCAGGCCCACCAAUCGUAAAGAGCUAAAGUGCUUCUUAGGCUUUGCGGGGUACUACAGGCGCUUUGUACAAGGCUAUUCGAAAAUAGCAAAGCAGUUGAAUGCCCUCACUGCUGGCUAUGUGGCUACAAGGAAAAGGGGAAAGGACUAUAAGAAGCAAAAACCUCACACUUCAGUGAGCCCCAGCCAGCCUUUCGGAAGUGAAUGGACACAGGACUGUGAAACCGCUUUCAGAACACUCAUAGACAGGUUGACCUCAGCACCUGUACUGGCUUUCGCCAAUCCUAACCUCCCUUACGUUCUCCACACAGACGCCUGUGGAGAAGGCCUUGGUGCAGCCAUUUACCAAGAGCAUGAAGGGACACUUAGGGCCAUAGCCUAUGCUAGCCGAGGGCUAUAG